AUUUCACCGAAGAAAUAAACUGAAAAAAACAAAAAGAAAAAAAAAAAAACCUCCAUACGCGACGAAGCUAUGGCGGUGCUUUCUCUCUCCUUGAAUCAUCAGCUUUAUCAUCUCCAUCAUCGCUUUUUUUAUCAUCUUAAAUCUUUUUAAUUGAGACGAAAGAAUUUCUUUCCAAUUUUGUUUCAUGAUGAUGACGAACUAUUAUCUAAUCUAAUUCUGUAAAAAUUUGAUUUUGGAGGGUUUUCAAUCGAUUUUCCGCUUUUUAGGCAUAGAAGUUCGGUUUUGCACGCUUUUGUCUGUUUAUCAUGCUUAAUUUUUUAUUUGUAGAGAUUAGACUGUGAUUUUGGUGGUUUAGUUUGAAUUUCAAUGGUGAUAUGCUUGGAUUUCGAUGAUACUAAUGUGUAAAAAGGGAAAUAAAUGUUUGAAUGAUUUGUUAAUGGAAUAUAAUAAUCAGGCUGUGUUUGUUUCAAUGGAAGGUACUGGUAGUGGCAUAAACAAUAGUAAUAUGGCAAAUAUAGGAAAUGAUGAAAUUCCUAGGGUUAAGUUUUUGUGUAGUUUUGGGGGGAGUAUAUGGCCGAGGCCACAGGAUGGGAAACUUAGGUAUGUUGGUGGAGAGACACGGAUUGUGAGUGUACCUCGUGACGUAGGGUACGAGGAAUUGAUGAACAGGAUGCGAGAACUUUAUGAUGCGGCUGCUAUACUGAAGUAUCAGCAGCCAGAUGAAGAUCUUGAUGCACUUGUUUCAGUUGUUAAUGAUGAUGAUGUUACGAAUAUGAUGGAGGAGUAUGAUAAAUUAGGGUCUGGGGAUGGGUUUACAAGGCUUAGGAUUUUCUUGUUUUCGCAUCCGGAGCAAGAUCUUUCGCCUCAUUACAUAGACGGAGAUGAAAGGGAUACCGAAAGGCGGUAUGUGGAUGCUUUGAAUAGCCUUUGUGAGUCCCCUGAUUAUAGGAGGUCACAGCUUAAUGAUUCUCCGGUAAUGACGCCUGUUGAUGAAGUUCAUAUUGGUGAUCACUUCUUUAAUUCGAUGAAUUUAGAGGGAAGUAUGCAUAAUCAGAGGAAUUAUGAGUUGGGAUUGGGGCAGUAUAAUUUGAUGCAGCUUGCUGUUCCUAGUUUAGGAUCAGGGCAACAUUUGGGACCUGUUGCACAACGGUAUAAUGAGGAAGCUCCAUGGAGUCCGAAGUAUUAUUCACCAAGAUGUGGUGGUGUUCAUGAAACGCGGACGUUUACUGAAUAUCCAUCUCCACCCUCGUCUGCUCAUUAUCGUGUGCCUUAUCAGGAAGUGCCUGAUAAAUGUUUGGAGAGGAUGCCAGAAGAAUCUGACAAUGUGGCCUGGUUGCCUACUGGAGGUGUGGCUGUUGACAGGGGCGGGUUUCCUGGCAAUAUACUAAAUGGGCAAAGUGCUCUGGACGGAGCGAGCGUUUGUGAGCAUUGCAAGAUAACUUUUCAGAGGAAUCCUGCUGCUUCCGACUUUCGAUUGAGGGCUGAAGGUCAGUCCCAUGUAGAACAAUCUGUUGCUGCGAACGGGUUUACGUAUUGUGUCAAAUGCCUUCCGAGGAGGGAACCUGUGAUGUUGAACACGGAUCUGAAAUUACAGCAUAGCUUAUUAGGAGUUGGUAGGAUGGGUGACCAUUACAACUUAGAUGGUUCUGGUUCGCGUAUUGGCGCAACAGCUUAUACCCACCUUGAUGAUCCUCGUUACGUUCGAGGUGGAAAUGAAUUGGGUGGUGAUGUUUUCCAUGGACAAGCUGUUGCUACUGGUUCAUUUGUUCAAGAUAGAGGUGUUCAUACUGCAAACUUGCCUUAUUCUUAUGGGGCAGAUGUUCAGCAUCAAGCUCUACCGAACCAUCCAUCUGCACAGACUAUGUGGAGGAAUGUACCAACCCCAACUCAUGUCCCCCCAGUUUAUGACUCAUCUAAUCUUCAGCUAAGAAAUGGUAUGCUUAAUCCUGUAGUUCCUAGGGCUAAUGCUGAAGCCAGCCCCAGAUUCAUCAUGGGCGUUGAUCAAAGUCCAUGGGGCGAGUCUUCUCGUAGGACGUUUGGAGUUGAAAAUUCUGCUGCACCAGAAUAUCCAUAUGGGCAUUUUUCGAAGUUGAGUGCGGCUGCACCUUUUCAGGAAGUUCAUCCAUCAUUUCCUCAUGAUCCUUUAAGAACCACACCUAAUAUGGUUAAUGUUCCUCCUUCAAUGGGAUGCAUGAAACCUUCAGAAUUACCUUCACAUUUAGUGACUGAGAAUGUGCUGUCUUCUGAUGCUAGAGGUCACAAUUUUAUACAGAGAGAAUGUACUAAUAAUAUUGGGAUUACAUUAGAUGAAAGAGGCAUCCAUAACGAAUCAAAUGGAACUCCCUUGAGCAAAAAAGAAUUCGCCGAUGUGGAUGUUUCUACUGAACAUAAUCAUAUUGCAGAGAAGAGUUCCAUAGUGGAAUCACUUAAUGGUAUCAAGUUAAAUGGUGUAAGCCCUGGUGAAGGAACCAAAGAUGUUAUUGAACCAGUAGAAACAAAUAAUUUCCCAAUAGAGGAAAAAGAAGAUUUGAGCUUCUUGCCAGAAUUGCUUGAUUCUGCCAAGAAAGCUAAACUGAAAAGUGCUGAGAUGGUGAAAGCCAGAGCUCAGGAAGAUGCUAGUCCUGUUAUUCUGCAUGACCAAUCUGCUGGGGUUACUGACGCUGAUGAGACAACAUCACCGGAUGCUGAUGGUAACUCCGAGGGGGGAUCUGAAAAUGAUAACAUCGAUACUUCUAAGAUUGAGUCUACAAAGGCCGAAGAAGAAGCUAUAGCUAAAGGACUUCAGACUAUUAAAAAUGAUGAUCUGGAAGAGAUUCGAGUGCUUGGCUCUGGUACAUAUGGUGCUGUUUACCAUGGGAAGUGGAAGGGUUCUGAUGUAGCAAUAAAAAGAAUCAAAGCAAGUUGUUUUGCUGGACGACCUUCUGAAAGAGAGCGUCUGAUUGCAGACUUCUGGAAGGAGGCUCUCAUACUGAGUUCAUUGCAUCAUCCUAAUGUUGUUUCCUUUUAUGGUAUAGUGCGUGAUGGUCCUGAUGGGACACUAGCAACAGUUACUGAGUUCAUGAUCAAUGGAUCAUUGAAACAAUAUUUGCAAAAGAAAGAUAGAACAAUUGAUCGUCGUAAGCGACUUAUUAUAGCUAUGGAUGCAGCUUUCGGAAUGGAGUAUUUGCAUGGAAAAAAUAUAGUGCAUUUUGAUUUGAAAUGUGAAAAUCUUCUGGUCAACAUGAGGGAUCCUCAUCGACCAGUGUGUAAGAUUGGUGAUCUUGGAUUGUCAAAGGUGAAGCAACAUACAUUAGUGUCUGGUGGUGUUCGUGGAACUUUACCUUGGAUGGCUCCUGAGCUUCUUAGUGGAAAGUGUACCAUGGUGACAGAGAAGAUUGAUGUCUACUCAUUUGGGAUUGUAAUGUGGGAAUUGCUGACUGGGGAGGAGCCUUAUUCAGACAUGCAUUGUGCUUCUAUUAUUGGGGGUAUUGUGAACAAUACGUUGCGUCCCCAAAUUCCGACAUGGUGCGAUCCUGAAUGGAAAUCUCUAAUGCAAAGCUGCUGGGCACCUGAUCCGUCAGAGAGGCCGUCAUUUUCCGAGAUUUCCCAGAAGCUGAGAAGUAUGGCUGCUGCAAUGAAUGUGAAAUGAUGCUUGAGGCAGAUCACAAACUGUGCAGGUCUGAUGUCUGUUAGGUGGUCGCUGAUCUUUCAAGUUUGGAAAGCUGGUAGUUACGCUGCAUUUUACUUCACAGCAACAAUGAUGGACUAUAAUGGUUUUAUUAGCGCAGGAUCAUAUAUAAUUCUUUUGUGUGUCACUACUAUACACACUGUAGCUGACUUUCAGAAAUAUCAGAAAUUUGGGAGAGCCUUCCCAAAACCAAAUAAGGCCAUGUUUACAAAAAUGGUGGUCGCAAUCAUCUGAGGAGAGGCUUGUUUUGAUUCCUAAGCAGAAGUUGUGAAUUCCAUUGUAAAUAUCAAGCAAUAGAACAUAUAGCAUAAUCCAUGAAGGAGCAAACACUACAAAUAUUUUGCUAGAAUUUGUCUGAAUCAAAGCGGUCAAGUUCUUUUGGUUUACAUUUUAGAUUAGGAAUAAAUUGUGUAUCACACAAUAUCUUUGUUCACUCUUGUAAAGUAAAGUGUAUUUGAUUCUUGUUUCAUUCACAUUUUGUAAUUUGUACGACUACUGACGACUAUUGCAUCAAUGUUAUGCUGAUCACUAUUUCUCUGUUGAAUCCUUUCAUUUUGCCAAAAGCUCUUGAAGGAAGUUCCAUUGAAAAUUUUCAUUAAUUAUUGGUGAAAUUUGUUAUUCCGCUUCUACGCACUAAGAUAUAUACGCACGAUAGAGGGGUAGUCUAUCAAGCUUAUAUUAGUCAAUUUCUUUCUAUUUACUCAAUGUGAAGACUGUUGGGAAAAAGUAUAAAAUAUAUGGUAGAGUGACUACUACAUUGUUUCCUUGUUUUUUUUCUUAUUUUAAAUUUGUAAUAAAAAGUUACACAUAGUUUUAAAUAAAGAUGCCAAUAACUAAAUAUCUUAAAAUUAAGCCACUACCUUAGUGCCAAAUGUGAGAAGUUAAAUAACCCACUACUAAUAACUUACUAAAAUAAUUAAC